AUGACAAUAUCAACAAGUCCCUUGGCAACAUGUUGCCGCGCCUGUGGUGAAUUGAGCCGCGGUCCUUCGGCAGCAUGUUGCGGUCGCCUGGCGCCGGCUGGUGGCCACAAAAAGCGCCGACGACCGUGUCAGUGCUUCGCGAAGAUUGCGAGGCGCGACACACACUGCGGAACGCGAACUCCGUACUGCCGGGCCACAUCCUUUUCCGACCUGCCCCGUUUUUUGUUGCGUGAAGUUGACGAAGUGCCGACAGUGCUAGUGCGAUUGCGACUGCGAGUGCGAUUCAGGGAUCAGAGACGAGAACCCUUCGGCCUCACGAUUGACGCCUUCUAUCGCUUCCUCCGCCAGGCGCUGCCGCUGGCCAGGGAGGCAGUGAUCCACCUGAAUGGCAGCCUUGGGACUCCCGCCUCCGUCGCCGGGGUGACCAUAAGCGGGGCCCCCGGCGAUCUCUUCAACUACAGCGGCCUGGAACUGGACCUCGGCCUGGAUCUAGACCUGGGCCCGACCAGCCCCAGCACGUUGGCGCCCACGCAGACCAUCAGGCCACCGGCGAACCGGAGCGUGGUGCGCGUCAGUGCCGAUGUGCCCAUCUGGGUGGUGCCCUGCUACUCGGCCAUCCUGCUGUGCGCCGUGGUUGGGAACCUGCUGGUGGUGCUCACCCUGGUCCAGAACCGUCGCAUGCGCACCAUAACCAACGUUUUCCUGCUCAACCUGGCCAUUUCGGACAUCCUGCUCGGCGUGUUCUGCAUGCCGGUGACCCUGGUCGGAACCCUGCUGCGGCACUUCAUCUUCGGCGAGCUGCUCUGCAAGCUCAUCCAGUUUGCACAGGCUGCCUCCGUGGCUGUUUCCUCGUGGACACUGGUGGCCAUAUCCUGCGAGCGCUACUACGCCAUCUGCCAUCCGCUGAGGUCGCGCACCUGGCAGACGAUCAACCACGCCAACAAGAUCAUCGCCAUCAUUUGGCUGGGCAGUCUGGUGUGCAUGACGCCCAUUGCCGCCUUCAGCCAGCUGAUGCCGACCAGCCGCCCAGGACUGCGCAAGUGCCGGGAGCAAUGGCCGGCGGACAGCCUCAACUACGAGCGGGCCUACAACCUGUUCCUGGACCUGGCCCUCCUGGUGCUGCCCCUGCUGGCCCUGAGCUUCACCUACCUCUUCAUCACUCGCACUCUGUACGUGAGCAUGCGCAACGAGCGGGCCAUGAACUUUGGCAGCAGCGGGCCGGAGGUGCCCUCCGCCUCCGCCUCGGGACCCGGCAGCCAACGGCGGGCCAACGGGGGCCACUGCCAGUCUCUCGACACGAUUGUGACCCACCAGCACAAUCCGCACCACCAGCAGCACUCCCAGUCCUACUACUAUGCGGAUUACACCCACUGUGGCAACAAGCGCAGGCUGAUCGGAGGAGGAGCUCCCUGCGAAGGACGAAGGCAUCUCUACUGCAUGCGCAGUGCCUCCGUGAAGUCCUUGCGCCAUCAGCAGAUUAACGGAGGCAGUGGAGCAGCUGCCAUGACCGGAACCGGAAACGCCGACUGCUGCAGUCGGGUCCACAGGAUGCGCCACCAGAUGCAGCCCCAACAACAGGGCUACAUGAGCGACAACGAAUCCCGGCGGAAAUCCUUAUCCCAACCGAGUCUGCGGAUCACGGAGGCGGGCCUGCGAAGGUCGAACGAAAGCAAGAGUUUGGAGAGCAAGAAGCGGGUGGUCAAGAUGCUGUUCGUCCUGGUGCUGGAGUUCUUUAUCUGCUGGACGCCGCUGUACGUUAUCAACACGAUGACCAUGCUCCUGGGGCCGGCGGUGUACGAGUACGUGGACUACACGGCCAUCAGUUUCCUCCAGCUGCUGGCCUACUCCUCCAGCUGCUGCAAUCCGAUCACCUACUGCUUCAUGAACGCCAGCUUCCGGCGCGCCUUCGUGGACACCUUCAAGGGGAUGCGGGUGUGCGAGCGCCUGUGCGCUCCCUGCUGCUUCUGGCGCCGGCGAUCCAAGAACGAGGCAAACCUGUCCGUGGCCGGCAACUCCAUUGCGCUGGCCAACUCGGUCAUGUCCAGCCACACGAUCCUGGAGAGCCCACGUCUCUGAGCCAGCCGCCGGCGUCAGCAACUGGCGGAGACGGAGUCACUGUAGUGCACCAAAGAGUUUGGAUCGGGUGCGCCAAUUUGUGAUGAUGCAAUGUAACGCAAUAGAAACUGUGGUUGUCGACGAUUCCACCGCGUUCUGAAUGUGUGUGGAUGUGGCCGGAUGUUGUUGGGGUGCCGGGAGUAGGUCCCGGGCGAAGAACCAUGGCGUUUUCCCCUCCCAAAUGCUCUUAGGAUUACCAAAUAGUCUUAUAAUAUAUGAGUGUGCGUUUAGAGUUGCGCUAAUGCGAGUUAUUCAGUGUGAGUUAUUAGACUUUAACCUCGCGUUUCCGGUUCUUACACCUCUAAGGUCAGAGAAUGGAACGAGGAAUCAAAUUUACAUAGGCAUUAAAGAUUAACCAAAGUAUAUGUGUUUUAGAGUGGGCACAAUGGUUUUAAAGUUGAUCAAUUAUUAUUUAAAAUCUUAUAUUUUUACUAAGGCAAAUACAAAAUUAAUUAUAUACUUCUUUUUUUAUACAAAAAGUUUUCGAAAUGUAAUUAUUUAAAGACAUCCGCGUAUUCUUCAUGGAAGAAUGGCCUAAGACAUGUCUUUCUUAAGAGAUAUAAUAGAAUAAAGAAUAAAUAUACAAACUUUAGAAAUUAAUUUGAAUUUUCUUGAUCGGUAUUUUGUUGAGUAUUUGAAAAAUAAAGGUCUUCUUAUGACCUUUUCAAAAUAAUAAAAGACUCAGACUAGUUUUUAUGGUUGACUUUUAUUUUUAAAGUUUUUUUUUAAGAGUUUUUUCUGUGUAAUAUAAAAAUGUUCUUAUCAUAUAAAAGUGGUUUCUGGAUGUAAAUAAAAAUAAAAAAUAAGUUUACUUUUAUUUUAAUUGUGAUAACUGUUACAGUCGCUGGUAUUUAGAAAUGGUAAUUUUAAUUUUAGGCGUCAAAUGUAGAUGUUUACCAACGCUUUCAGACCAUUGUGCUACUCCUACAACGUAAUCUUUUUUUUCGAACAUUUCCUUAUACAUCUAAAGUAGAAGUUCCGCUGUGCAGUGGAAGGUUUCAGCGAAUCAAGAAGCAUUUGACAGUAGGCUGAAUUUACAGGGUAGACAGGGAACCCUCUAACGGGAUUCCUCUCAUUCAAAUAAGGUUGUCAGACGGAGCUUAUGGAGUGCUAGCCACUUCGAGGUCCAAAAAUAAUGUAAGACACCCGGACCCGAAUCGAAAUCAAAGUGGGUCGGCGGGGGCCAAAAAUCCAAUUUUAUGUAGAUUAAUGGAUUUUUGGCAAAACAACUAAAUAUUAACACUCAAACAUUUCACUUUAGCUCCCACACACUUCAACGAACUUGGCAAUUGCAAUUAUUAUUAUGGUAUUUAUAGAUGUAUAAAUCUCAGUGUUUUUAUGUAAAUAAGAUUAAAUCAAACCAAAUAAAUCGACAUCUAA